AAAAAAUGCGGAGCGCAAAACAAAAACACGUCUGAUCACUACGAAAGAGAACGAAGGUUCUCUUCUGCGUUGCACGCAGAAAACGAAUAAAAUAUUAUGGAAUCGCCAGUAUUAGCGAAAAAACUUAUAGAAAGUAAACAACUUUUUGAAAAGUCGUAUAAGUGUAUCAACAAGAAUACAGUAAUAAAAACAGAAACGCUAAUACACCAUGUCAAUAACAUAGUAGCACAAUAUAAUAGAAUCACACAAUUAGUAAGUUCUCGAGAUAACAAGCUAACUAGUGAAAACCAGCAUCAAUGCCAAAGGCUAUUACGAUCUUUGAAUACAAGGUUGACAACCAUUGCAGAAAGAAGAGGUAUUGAGAUACAUGUCCCAAAAAGUCUAGGUUCGUUAGCUCAUUUUGAUGAAAGUCAACUAGACAAUAUAGAUGAAUCAAAGCCGAUAAUAGACACUGAAGUCGAAAGCGACACAGAAUUAAAUCCUCAAUUAGAAAGUAUAGACCUUUGCAAAGAUAUAAUAGACACCGACGUCGGAAGCGACUCGGAACUAAAAACCGAAAUAACAAUAUCAGACAAAAUGAACCAAGUAGAAAAAGAUCGGCAGUACGUGAAACUAGUCUCAUCCUCUAUCCCAGAGUUUGACGGCAGUAAACAGUCUCUUCAACGUUUCUUAACAGCGUUAAAAAUCACGGAUAGGACUAAAGGAGAUCAAGAAGAUCUAGCCAUUGAAGUUAUCAAAUCAAAGAUAACGGGCUCUAUCCUUUAUAAAGUCCAAAGUGAACAAACGAUCAAUGGCAUAAUCCAAAAGCUUAAUGAUAACGUCAAGGGAGAAUCCUCUGACGUUAUUAAAGCAAAAAUAUCCAAUAUUAAACAAAAAGGAAAAACGGCAUCUCAAUAUACCACCGAUAUUGACAAUCUGCGCAAGCAGCUCGAAGCAUCAUAUAUUGAUGAAGGGCUAGACGCAGAUAACGCCAACAAAUUUUCGACGAAAGAGUCCAUAGCAGCCAUGACUCGCAAUUGUGAGCAUGACAAGCUGCGCCUAAUACUUGAAGCAGGCAACUUCAAUACUUUCAACGACGCAAUGAGUAAAUACAUCCAUUGCAGCACCGAAAUAACUGGAAAUGCCAGCACAGUAUUUCAUUACAGAGGCAACAGUGGUCGCGGUUAUCGAAGAAGUUACAAUAACCGCGGCAAUAAUAGAUCGAACAGAGGUAAUUACCAAAACAGAGGUAAUUACUAUAGUAACAAUAACCAAAAUAAUUACAGGGGCAAUUACAGAGGCCAAAAUAGAGGAAACUCUAGGGGCCAGGGCAACUCAAACACAGGCCAAAAUAAUGCCAAAUAAACCAAAAUAUCAGGAAUCG